GAGGACCCAGCAGCUUCUCCCCCUUCCCUUUCCCUCCUGCCUGCAGCCCAGGAGGGCUCGGAGCCCCGUGGGGCCGGGGCUGCCCCGCCAACAUGCGGCUGCUCCUCCUCCUUCUGCCACCGCUUUUCUGUGCUGCUACAAAGCCUCCCCUGAUCCUCUCCCAGCGGGAUGAGUGUCCCUUGGGGCAGUUUCCCUGUGGCAACCUCUCCUCCUGCCUGCCCCAGGCCCUGCACUGCAACGGGGAGGAUGACUGCGGCAACGGGGCUGACGAGGAGAACUGUGUGGAUGACAGCGGCUGGCUGCAGAUCCUGGGGGACAUGCUGGCAGUGAGGAGCAGCCAGCUGCCCCUGGAAGAUGAGGGUGAUGUCUGUGGGCUGGAGCUGUUCCCGGCGCGGUGCCGCUGCCGGGGCAGGGCUGUGGAUUGCACACAGCAGGACCUGCCCUCUGUCCCCUCGGUCUCCUCCAACGUCACCAGGAUGGACCUAAAAAAAAAUAAAAUCCGUUCUCUGCUGGACAACCAAUUUGCCAGGUACAGGAGCCUGAGGAAGCUGUUCCUCAGCCACAACAGGAUCACGCAGCUGAAGCCCUGGGUGUUUGAGGACCUGCAUCGCCUCGAGUGGCUGAUGCUGGACAACAACAAGAUUGCCCAGAUCGUCCCCACAGCAUUUGCAGGGCUGAACUCCCUGUAUUUCCUGUACCUGCUGAACAACUCGGUGAGCCGGCUGCCCAACGCCUCACUCUGUGCCCAGAUGCCGAAGCUCAGCUGGCUGGAGCUGGAGGGGAACAGGAUCCGAGCGGUGCCCAGGGCUGUUUUCCAGGAGUGCCAGGAAUUCACUGUGCUGAUUCUGCGCAGGAACAAGCUCCAGUGGAUCCAGGAGGGGACGUUUUCCAGGCUGAACAGGCUGAUGGAGCUCGACCUGUCAUCCAACAGCCUGGACCAGCUUCCCUCCUCGCUCUUUACUGGCCUGGCAGAGCUCCAGCAGCUGAAUAUUUCCUACAAUCCCUUGAAAGAGAUCUCCCCUGGCCAGUUUGAGAGCCUGCCUCGGCUGCGGUCCCUGAGCUUGGAAGGGCUGGAGAUUCCCAACAUCCACAACCUGACCUUCCAGAAGCUGACCAGCCUCUCACACAUCUACUUCAAGAAGUUCCAGUACUGCCGCUACGCCCCCCACGUGCGCAGCUGCAAACCCAACACCGACGGCAUCUCCUCCUUUGAGAACCUCCUGGCCAGCAUCAUCCUGCGCGUCUCCGUCUGGGUCAUCGCCUGCCUCACCUGCCUCGGCAACCUCUUCGUCAUCUGCAUGCGCUCCCUGCUGGCAGCUGAGAACAGCCAGCACGCCAUGGCCAUCAAGUCCCUGUGCUGUGCAGAUGGCCUGAUGGGCAUCUACCUCUUCAUCAUCGGAGCCUUCGACCUCAAGUACUCGGGCGAAUACAACAAGCAUGCCCAGGGCUGGAUGGGCAGCCUGCAGUGCCAGCUGGUGGGCAGCCUGGCCAUGCUGUCCUCUGAGGUGUCUGUCCUGCUCCUGACCUACAUGACCCUGGAGAAAUACUUCUCCAUUGUGUUCCCGUUCAGCCACCACAGAGCUGGCAAGAAGCAGACCAUCUCAGUGCUGGUGGCCAUCUGGCUUCUGGGCUUCUCCCUCAGCAUUGUCCCCCUGUGGUGUAAGGAGACCUUUGGGAACUACUACGGGAGGAACGGGGUGUGCUUCCCGCUGCAGUCUGACCUGGGCGAGCGGCCCAGUGCCCGCGGAUACUCUGCCACCAUCUACCUGGGCUUGAAUCUGGCAGCCUUCAUCACCAUCCUCUUCGCCUACUCUGGCAUGUUCUACUCCAUCCACAUCACCGCCUCCAAAACAGCAGAGAGAGGCGUCUGCUCCCGGGAAGUCGCCAUCGCAAAGCGCUUCUUCUUCAUCGUCUUCACUGACGCGCUCUGCUGGAUACCCAUCUUCCUCCUCAAGCUGCUCUCCCUGCUGCAGGUGGAAAUACCAGGCACCAUCACCUCCUGGGUGGUCAUCUUCAUCCUGCCCAUCAACAGUGCCCUGAAUCCCAUCCUCUACACCAUCACCACCACCUCCUUCCAGGAGAAGGUGAAGGUUUGCCUGCAGAACAAGCAGCUGGAGCUGCACGAGUCCCGCCCGAGCUUCACUCUGGUGACACUGCAGGCCAGCAGCACCUGACCCCCCCACCACAUAAGGACAUCCACAGCUGCCAGGCACUACCACCAGCUCCAUGAGAAAGCUCACAGCUCAGCUCCAG